UCCAUCAACAAUGGGAAACGGUCUAAAGGCUCGUAGACAACAACAUCAUUCAUUUCUUUACGAGCCUCUUUUCAGCCCUCCAUUUUUGGAGGAGGGAGAAAACGAGAAGCUGAGAGUCUUCAGCACCAAGGAACUGAAGAAAGCAACAAAAAGAUUCAGGAAAGAUAGGGUCGUAACUAGCGACGAUGGCUCGGUUCAAACAUUCUACAAGGGAUAUAUCAAUGGCACCACAUGUGCACCAUCAAGAACUAAAACCAAAGUCGCUGUUUCUGUAAUGGAAUGUCUUCAACAUAGUCCACGGCCAAAACACGUGUGGAAGAUAAGAAAAGAAAAAGCGGAGUCUCUAGGAGAGAUACAUCAUCCCAACUUGGUCAAGCUUUUGGGUUACUGUUAUGAAGAUACUAUAUCACUUUUGGUUUUCGAAUACUCGCACAAAGGAAGUUUGCACGAUCACAUAUUCGGAAAAGAGGAGGCAUUGCCUUGGGAAACACGGGCUAAGAUAGCCAUCGGAGUAGCAGAAGCUAUUGCAUUUCUCCACUCCAUCAAAAAAAUCCCGAUAAAUCAAGAACUCCACAUGCAUAACAUUAUGCUUGACGACGUUAAUGACUUACAUUUUUCUUCUAUUUUUCAAUACAAUGCAAAAUUGCUUUACCUUGAUUCAAAAAAAAAAAUUAUAGGAGAUAAUGGGACAUUUUUAGCAACUACAUACCUGCCUCUUGAAUAUGCAAUGAUAGGUCAUGCGGUCACAUAUGGUGUGAUCUUGCUUGAGCUUUUUACUGGUUCGAAAGGUGGAGUAUUAUGUCAGAGCAGCUUAGAUAUUAGGACUAGAUCGUUUCUGGAAAUAAUUGAUCCCCGACUUGAGAGCGAUUAUCCUACGCAUGCAGCAGAAAAAAUGGGCAGACUCAUCCAAAGAUGCACCAUGGAGAACUGGAAGCUAAACGGUUUAAUGGGCAGACAUCCAAAGAUGCACCAUGGGGAGCUGGAAGGUACGACCGUCAACGCAACAUGUUUUGGAUGUUAUUUACUAUGGCUUCCAUUGAUGACAUGUAGUAUUACAAUUGAAUUACAAUAA